AUGGAGGUUGCUGGUGGUCAGAGGUCUUUGGUUUGUAGAAAGGUUUUCUCAUGCACUCAUCGCUGUGUGUUUCGAACCUCCUUGAGGGACGAUGGGGAGGUUUGGCAUUGCCUUCCUGCUAUUAGUGAUUCACCGGUUUGUCGUGUCCUGUUUUCAUCCAACUACACCGAUGAAUCCGCUCUUCUUGCGUUCAAGUCCGCAAUCACCUUCGACCCCAACAACGUUUUGGGGAGUACCUGGACGGAAAACACCAACUUUUGCCAAUGGAUUGGUGUCUCGUGCAGCCGCCGAUACAGGCAGAGAGUGACAGCUUUGGAGCUUCCUCGGAUUGGACUCCAUGGCACCAUCUCCCCUCAUGUGGGUAACCUCUCCUUCCUCAAGGAACUGCGUCUUGGUGAUAACAAUUUUCAUGGUCAACUUAUUCACCAGAUCAGUCACUUGAGUCGCUUGAAAGUACUCAAUGUAGACUUUAACUACUUGGAAGGGGUGAUCCCUGCAAGUAUAUACCAUUGCCGACAGCUUCAAGUCAUAUCUAUGGCAAGGAAUGAAUUUAGUGGCAGCAUACCCAAGGAAUUGAGUACCUUGUCCAGUCUCCGCGUGCUUUAUCUAGGACGAAACAAGCAGCUCACAGGUACAAUUCCAUCUUUCUUUCCUAACAUGUCAAGCUUAAAGUGGCUUGGUUUGGAAGAUAACAAGUUUCAUGGCAAUAUUCCUAAUGAGAUAUGUAAUGUUCCAAGUUUGGAAGGGAUUAAUUUCGGUAGAAAUUAUCUCACUGGGUCAAUUCCUCCAUUUUUAUUCAACAUCUCCUCUCUACGAAAAUUAUUUUUAGAGAUUAAUGACCUUUCCAGAAAUCUUCCCUUGAGCAGUACUACUAGGACUUCUAAUCUUGAAAUUCUCAGCCUUUCAGUAAAUCAACUCAGUGGAAACAUCCCUUCCUAUCUGUCCAAUUUUUCUAUGCUCAUUAAUUUAUAUCUAGGUGGCAACCAAUUCACUGGAACAGUGCCCACAAGUCUAGGCUACUUAGAAUCACUCACAGAACUUCAUCUAAAUGGUAACCAGUUAACUAUAGAACCCAGAAGUCAUGAGCUUAGUUUUCUCACUUCUUUGACAAGCUUGAAAUACUUGCAAAGGUUGAUUAUACUUGAUAAUCCAUUUCAUGGCAUCUUACCAGAUUCUUUUGGAAAUCUUUCUAGCUCCCUCCUAAUUUUUGAUGCAACCAAUUGCCAACUAAAGGGUCGAAUUCCCGAGGCAAUUGGUUCCUUAACAAUCUUGAAUUAUUUUAUCUUGAGUGGGAACAAUUUCAACGGAUCCAUUCCGUCAACAAUAGAGGGGAUGAAAGAGCUUCAAAUGUCGUACCUUGAUGGUAACAGGCUUGAAGGAUCCAUUCCAAAGGAGAUUUGCAGUUUGUGCAACUUAGGAGAUAUUAGUCUCCAUAACAAUAACCUCUCUGGAUCAAUCCCUGCAUGCAUCGGAAAUGUUAGUGGGUUGCGGACGCUGUCAUUGCAUUCUAAUUCAUUGAACUCGUCAAUACCAUUGAGUUUAUGGAGCUUGGAUAAUACGUGGUUCUUGAAUUUGUCAUUCAAUUCAUUAACUGCUCUAGAUCUCAACAUUAGACCAUUGAAAUCACUUACAACCAAAUCUCAGGUAACAUUUCAAGCACAUUGGGAGCCUUUCAAAGUCUAA